CCGCUACUUUACUGAGUUUGUGAAAUUCAGGUAAUCAAAGAAAAAUCGGUAAAAAUGGAUGAGUAUUUGCAAUGCAUGAAGACUCUGCGCUCUCAGAUGAACGAUGUGGAGGAUCAAGCGACAAAAAUUUCAGUGGAAGAGCAAAUGCAACUCACUACCCUUCAAACGCUGGAAGCAGACCUAAAUUCAGUCAAAAGGCAGACAAUUCAGCUCAAGGAGGAUAUCGAUAAAAUGGUGAAGGCAAAGGGAGAAAUCUGUUCCCUGAUCUUGGAAAAGCGAAGAAAAUUUUCUUCUUUGGAAGGAAAUUCAUCCACUCUCUAUCAGACUUUGGAGCUCAGUCAACAGGAAAGAACCAACUUGUCAACAAAACUUUUGGAGAAAAGAAAAUAUUAUUCCAAAGUUGCUGAGGAUAUUACUACUCACUUGAAAGAGCAGCAGCAUUGGAUAGAUGAUCACAAAUGUGGCUCAUUUAUUGGAGUGAAUUCUCAGGCAAUGGACACAAUUUUCAAGAAAACUGGUGAAACUGAAGUAUAUCAGGAUAAUGCAGUUGAAAGCCUAUCAAAGAAUUUUGAAGCAGCGAACACUAAGCUAAGCCAGUUGAAACAACUGAAGUUUGAACUUGAUUUGGAGAACACCAAGUUGAUGCAAUCUGUUGAGUUCAUGAAGAAGAAGAUAAAUGAUUUUAAGCCAGAGCUGAGGGAAAUGGAUGUAAAAUUCUUGGAAGAUGAGCAUCAAGCACUUUCAGGAGACAAAGUUGAACUAACUGAGUAUGUGCAGUCAUUACAAUUCCAGAUUGUGAAAUUGAAGGGAAUUUCACAUACUAUCAAUUGUUGCUGUGGAGAGGAGUACAAGAUAGAAAUGGAUUGUUCUGCACGAUGAUGAAAGAGGUGAAGAAAGAAAUUUUGAUAUGAACGUAUUGGAGGAGUCAUGGGACUAUUGGAGAGUUGCUUGUGGAUAGAAAUAUCUCAGCAAAUGGUGCUAACCUGCAACUUGAAAGUACUAUCAUAAAAGCAUAGUCUGUGUAAGUAGAGUCUGCAUCUUUAUGGAGGGUUUCCUAUAAAAAAAAAUCCUUUUUCUUUUACGAAUCAUGCAAUUCCCUGCUGAUUGCUGUUAGAAUGAACAUUAUGUCUUUUAACAUUUGUAACUCUUUCUUUGUGAAAAUUUGAAACAACAUUGUUAAUCUAGACUGGAAA